AUGUAUGACAGGGAGGCUUCGUUCGCUAAAUCUUAUAUCGUGAAUCCAUCGAAAUCGACCUCAGGACAAACACAAAGAUAUACGCCGCCGAAUGUUCAUGAAUCUGUUGGCAUGAACGUCGUAGCACACGGUCAGGGGAAUGCGAGACCCCCCCAAAAUGCACACACGGGUGAUGUGUCAGUUACAGAUACGAUGGAAAUCCCAACUAUUAAGAACACCAACACCAAAUGGAUGACGAUGCAGCGUUUGCAAGGCGAAACUACUGUGGCCAAAAGGAGCGAUUCGCAAAAUAUAUACAAUCAUAUAUCGGCCGUAAAAUCAACAGGCUCACAUGGUUUUAGCAACUCGGUAGGUAGUGGUAUGGAGAGUCCACAGAAAAAAUACGAGGCUGAUGCGCAACAUGAAAGUGUUACAACAAUGAAGACAUGCGUAUUUUAUAUAGACAUCAAGUGGAAACCAGUGCAACCUGAUCAAAUGCUGCAUUUCGAAUUUGGGAUUAGUGGUGACAUUUAUAGACAAUUGUUUUUGUUCAUAACCAAUCUGCUGCCACCAACAGGCGUGCGCGAUAUACCCAGCAAAUCGGGCUUUCAAGCAUGUGAGAGAUACGAUUCGUUGAUGGUUAUGAAGGAUAAGCUUGAUAUAAGCAACGACACAAUGAGCGACACCAAUGUCCUGUGUAUGUUGGAAAAACUUAGGACGCUUAAAUGUGCUAUAUGCAAAAACGGGGGACGUCGAAAAGUACUUCGGAAGAGCUACCCAGAGAGAAAAUGCGCAAUUUAUUCAACUUCUACAAAACACGAAUUACACUGUUAUUUCGGGUCAAACAUAGUCGAUCAAAAAUCCAGGUUGCUGCUGUAUCAUAAGGUGAUAUGCGACAGAGAGCCUGUAUUUAUCUGCGGCAAGGAAGAUCGCAAUUGCAAGGCGGUCAUGGAACGGCUAUACGAUCUCUAUUUGGAGAUUGCGGAGUGGAGGAUUCAAGUGGUACUAAGGCGACUUACCAACUUACGAGAAAGCACAUUUCAGGUAUCUUUUGGCAUAAAUGCUCGGGAUAUGAUCGAUUUCAUCAUGUUCAUUUUCACAAAUUAG